UUUCCUUCCAUGGUUUAUUGUGAUCAGGAUCCAAGAAUGCCAGCUGCAGGCUUUGCUCCAUGUUCAUCUUAGCAGGAGCCAGCUAGACAGGAAUUACGGGCCUCUUGGCUGGCUCCCUCUGUUGAUUUUUGGCACCUGGCCGAGAAGAGCAACUGCUUCUGGAAAGGUGUGGGAUUUAAGAUGUUUCUGGGUAGUUUAGGGAGGUAGGUGAUGAUUCUUCACUGUAGGUGUGUCUGCUUGGGAGGGGCAGUUUUCAGAUUGGGUGGCAAAAAGGCUGCGCACCAGGAAGGUCUCUUCCCACCUCCCUGUUCACGGGCAUUUUAUUUCUUUGGGAUGCCUCUUUCUCCUCUAGACUUGGGGAAGCCUCUGAUCAGUGACCUGACGGAGACGGAAGAACCUCGGAUGCAGACACCCCCGGGAAGCCCGCUGGUCCUUCCUCAUACCUUGCAGGAGCUCUUGAGCAAAGACACGGUUCAGGUGCAGCUGAUCCCGGAGAAAAAGGGGCUCUUUCUGAAGCACGUGGAAUAUGAAGUCUCGAGCAAGCGUUUUAAAUGCUCCGUUUACCGGCGGUAUAACGACUUUGUGGUCUUCCAUGAGACUCUCCUUCAGAAGUUCCCCUAUCGCAUGGUCCCGGCCCUGCCUCCCAAAAGAAUGUUAGGAGCUGACCGAGAAUUCAUCGAGACCAGACGCCGUGCGUUGAAGCGCUUUGUCAAUCUGGUGGCGCGACACCCUCCUUUUUCAGAAGAUGUGCUUCUGAAGCUCUUCCUCUCUUUCAGCGGGUCGGAUGUGCAGAACAAGCUGAGGGAGCUGGUCCAGGGUGUGGGGGACGAAUUCAUGACCUGCAAGUUAGCAACUCAAGCAAAGGACUACUUGCCGGCAGACAUCCAAGUCCAGUUUGCGGCCAGCCGAGAGUUGAUCAGGAACAUCUACAACAGCUUUUACAAGCUCAGGGACCGGACCGAGCGAAUUGCCUCGCGGGCAGUGGAGAACGCCUCGGACCUCCUCUUGUUCGGGAAGGAGCUAAGCGCUUUGGGCUCGGACACAACGCCGCUGCCUUCCUGGGCGGCCCUCAACAGCAGCGCCUGGGGCAACCUGAAGCAGGCGCUGAAGGGGCUCUCCGUGGAAUUUGCCGUGCUGGCCGACAAAGCUGUGCAGCAAGGUAAACAGGAAGAGAAUGAUGUGGUGGAGAAGCUGAACCUUUUCCUGGACUUGCUCCAGUCUUAUAAAGAUCUGUGCGAGAGGCACGAGAAGGGUGUUUUGCACAAGCACCAGAGAGCUUUGCACAAAUACAGCAUGAUGAAGAAGCAGAUGGUGAGUGCCACGGCGCAGAACAAGCAGCCAGAGUCGGUCGAGCAGCUGGAAUCCCGAAUUGUGGAGCAAGAGAACGCAAUCCUAACGAUGGAGCUGCGCAAUUACUUCUCCCUGUACUGCCUUCAUCAAGAGACGCAGCUCGUUCACAUUUACCUCCCGCUCACCUCUCACAUCUUGGGAGCGUUUGUCAACUCGCAGAUCCAAGGCCACAAAGAGAUGAGCAAAGUCUGGAACGAACUGAAACCCAAGUUGAGCUGCCUCUUUGCGGGAUCCAGCAAUGUGUUGACGUUGCCAUCUUCUGCCCAAGAGGACAAUUUUCUUCCCAGUUAAUGCUUUGGGAUUCAGUUGCUUGAGGGAAGGGAUGUCCUUGCCACUUACUGCUCCUAUCCAGGUAUUAACAAUAUUCUCCUUCUGGCAAGUCCUUGUUUGCCUUCGGGGGACUGAUUUGAGGGAUUCCUUGAUUUAGGGGAGGCCUGGAAAUGUGACUCUACAAAGACUCUCUUGUGUUUAUAAUUUUCGAUUUCCCUUGUGAAGGCUCACAGCAGAUUUGAUGAUGGUGCGGUCUGUCGAAAAUGACAGAUGAGUUUGUGUGACCCGCCCCUCUCCAGGAAUAAAAUGAAUAAUUUAAUUGGGGCUAGGGUUGGGCAAGAAAUAUAUGUACCAUCUAUUAAAGGGCGGGCAACUUCCGGAAUCAGCAUUCCCAGCCAAGUGGCCAUCUUGAGCUUUUCUCUUACCACCCAGCCAACCUUCUUCUGCUCUGAAAAGCCAGACAUUUACAGGAAAUGAACAGAAAUGUAACUGACACUUAGGCUUCUAUGGACACUGUAGAAGGGUGGCUAUGCUCCUACAUGCCCCGUGAGAAAUUGCCAGCUGACUUACAGAUGGGCAGACCCACGAAUUGAGCCAUCUCUCAAAACACACUUCCCACCUGCCUCCGUUUAAGUCUCUUAAAUGUCUUUAUGCUUCUUGGAACUAGUUUGAAAUACAGACAGACAGAUAAACCGCCCCCCAAAUAGUGGUUUCAGAAUGGCAGGAUUAGGAAUUUAUCUGUAGAACUUCUGGCUCCUGUUUCUAGUCUGGCUUGUCUGGAAGAGGCAAGAGGUUUUUCUUCUUCUUCUUGCCUUCUAGUUAAGCUGGAAGCCAAAGUUGUACAUCUUUUCCAGAUGAAGGGGGAAUUAAUUCAGACUGGCAGAAGGAGGGCAUGAGUGCCCAGCUCUGCCAUUGGGACCUAGACUUUUUUAGGACCAAUCUGUUGCUCAACCUGGCCUUGUAGCUUUUGCCUUGCACCUUUGUCACAAGCAUCAUUUUAAGCCUGCUGCUUAUGACAAAGCAGGCUCCACGCAGUUCAGAACCUCAGGCAUCCACGUUUCUGCUUGCCAUUUGCAGGAAAAAACCUGACUUGCUUUUCCUUUUAUAUACGAACACAGGAUAUUUUGGAAAAAAACCUUUACGCUGGAGAUUAAAACUAUUACUCUUUCGUACUUCUUCAGUUAGCAAGUCUUUUUUAACGAACAAUUCAGAUAAGCUAAUGGUUGUGACCCAGGGAAGGCAGGUCUGUGCCCUUUUGCACAAAAAACGAAACACAACCCCACUGCUUUUGGAAAACAGUCAUGUGAGAAGACCGUCUUGGCUCAGCCAAGCAGGCCUUUGGCAAAUGGUGAGCGAUAGCUCUGCUGUCUGCCGGUGCAUACCCCAGGCACGUUUGCCACGCUGUUGCACAUACCGGAAAGAGGGUGUGGAAAAGUGUGAGAAAGGGAGUUGUGCUCCAGUCGUGUGUGUGGGAAAACGGCUAACAAUUGCCUCUGCAAACAGCUCUCGUAAAUGACAGCUGUGGCUUCUGUCAAGUGCAGGACUUAGAAGGGGCAGUCUAAUAGCUAAGAAUGCACAUGGCACUCUGUGUAUUGAAGCAUGGGGCUGAUGCUGCCAAAGGCCCUUCCCCCCAGUUGGUACUUUGUGCUUAACGCAUGCAGAUUUUUGCACACAUUAAUGGUGCCUUUCUUCCUAGUUAGAGCACUCAGACAGUGCAGAUGGUGGAUAUCGCUGUCCACAAAGGGAAACCUAAAUCUCCCUGGGUCUUCUCACGCCAUGAUUUCAUUUUACCAACACGAUUGUGUGCAUGUCUUAUAGAAUCCAGGGCCUCCUGUUCCCGUAGUUUAGAAGCCGGAGACUGGUUCACACAACAUGUUAAGCCAUUAUAUAGUUUGCUUGUUUGUGCCUUAAUGCAUGGUGUGUAGCCAGCCAUCACAGCUUGUGAGCCACGUGAAUCUAGCCAAACGUAAUUUAUUCAAUGAGCCAUUGCUUAAGCAAAUCACAGGGUCAGGUGACCCACUCUGCCUACGGAUCUGCCUCUGAGCUGAUUUUUCUAAAAUGAACUUUGGAAAUCUUAGAUAAUAUGGGGAACGAUUUAGCAGACUUCUUUAAAAAGAUGCCACAUGGCUAUUAUUUAACAGAUCAAACUCAAAUUGCUAAUGUUGCCAUCCAGACCUAGUAUACGGGAGCUCAUUUCAACAGGGGUAGAUAUGCUGGCUUACAGACAUGGUACCGUAUGUGGCAUUUGGCCAGCUUUCAAAGACACGUUCGUGUUCAGCGUUUGCAGAACCCAAUUCUUCUAAUAUACAGGUAGUCCUCACGUAAUGACCAUUCGCUUAGUGAUGGUUCAGACUUACAACAGUGCUGAAAAAAACAGCUUACAACCUGUGCUCACACUUAAAACCGUCACAGUGUCCCCGUGGUCACAAUUUGGGAGCUUAGCAACCAGUUCGCAUUUAUGACUAUCGCAGCAUCCCGUGGUCACACGAUCACCAUUUUUGGCCUUCCUGGCCAGCUUCUGGCAAGCAAAAUCAAUGAGGAACUGUGGUUUUGCUUAAUGACUGCAGUGAUUCACUUAAUGACUGCCACAAAAAAGGUCAUAAAAUCGGAUCAGUUUCGCUUAAUGCCAGUUUGCUUAGCAACUGAAAUUCCGGUCUCAAUUGUGGUCAUUAAGCGAGGACUAUCUGUACCUACAUUCCUUUUGAAUUCAGCUGAAGGAAUUCAAACCUAGGAGUAUAAGAGGUGUAGCACUGUACAGUACUCUGUAGUUUACAUUGUACCAUCCCUGGGGCACAUUCCUUACCCUGUCCAUAAAUGUUCCUCAGCAUGCCUAUCAAGUAAAGCUUGGCUGAACUUGGUGACUAUGUAUCGUGCCUUCUUCCAAAAUGGUGUUUUUGUUUUUUUUGACCUCCCACUCUAGAUAAUCAGAAUAAGCUAACCAGAAUAAGCCCUGUUCAGCUUCUGAGUCUUGGUAAGGUUGGCCAGGGACAACCAGCCGCUGAGGUCAUAUAGGAGGACAAAUUGUUGCCUAGUUAAAUGAAAGGACAGCUGUGAAAGAGCUUGUCCUGCUGAAUUAAAAAAAAUCCAACCUCUAUGAGGGAAACCGCCUCUUCUCUGUAAGGAGUCAUGUAGAUGAUUCUUUUUUAGGAAGCUCUAUCUAAAAUGGACCGUUUGGACCAUCAUGUAGGCAGACCAUGUUUUAGCAAGAUGGUUAGGGCUUAAUCGCAAAAGAAGUCAUCUGAAUGGGCUACAUAAUGCAAUGGUCUUUUUAUGCUUUUCAAGCAUUUUUGCUUAACCAAAAACGGGUGGAGGGCAGGUGGGCUUCCUCCCACUCCCUGGCAUUUAAUUGGGAAUUUGUAAAAGAGCAUCUGCUUUGCAAAAAAAAAAAAAAAAGUAUUGUUUUAAAUGAAGCACUUUAUUAAACUGCAGGAAUCGGAGAA